AUGGAUUCAAGCUUGAAUCAAAAUUUUGAUGAGGAUCGAUGGAUAAUUCAAAUCCGUCGAGCCAUUGAGGAAGAGCUUGAAGAAGACAAUGAUGUACCUGUUAGUAUUUUCAAUGUCCCCAAAACCCUCAAAGUCAGCGAUCCAGAUUGUUAUAUACCCCAACAAGUUGCAAUAGGUCCAUACCAUCAUUGGAGAUCAGAAUUAUAUGAGAUGGAAAGAUACAAGCUUGCUUCGGCCAAAAGAACUCAAAAACAAAUGCAAUCCCUCAAGUUUCAAAACGUUGUGGACCAGCUGGCAAGGUUUGAGCCUAGGAUUCGAGCAUGCUACCACAAGUACUUAGAUUUCAAUGGUGAAACCUUAGCUUGGAUGAUGGCUAUGGAUGCUUCUUUCUUGCUCGAGUUCCUUCAAGUCUAUGCCGCAAAAGAAGGUAAGGUACUAACUAGAUUGUCAUCAAGAAUGUCUCAUUUGGUUGAUAUUGCAGGAAGAAAGUCAGCACACAACGCAAUUCUCAGAGAUAUGGUGAUGCUUGAAAAUCAAAUUCCAUUAUUUUUGUUGAGGGAAAUGUUGGAACUUCAGUUUUCUUCAUUGGAGGCGGCAGAUAAUGUGUUACUGUCAAUGUUAAUUGGGUUUUGCAAGGAGCUUUUGCCAUUUAAGAUGAUGGAAGAGCUGCCAAAAUUUGAAGUGACGGAUUAUGCACAUUUGCUUGACUUCUUGUACCGUGUCAUCGUGCCUAAAUUAGAAGGGCCAUCUGAAAUCACUGAAAUUGAUGAAGAAGGUGAAAUCAAAGAAGCGGAAGAAAGUUAUUUUGGAAAGUCAAGCCACGUUAAACAAAUUGGUUAUGUGGUCUGGAACAUUAUAUCAAAGUUGAACAAAGUGUCGGUACGUCUGAUCAAAAGAAUAUUGUUUUCAAAGCCGAUUAAAGUCAUACUAAAGCUGCCCUGGACGAUCAUCUCUAAUCUACCAGUACUCAGACUCAUUAAAGCACCAAUUGAGUACUUGUGCUUCUCUCAAGAUAAAGAAAAUCAAAAGCCAGAAAAUAAGAAUUUAAACAGCACUAACAUCAACAAACCUCCACUGGUGGAGGAAAUCGAAAUCCCAUCUGUAAUCGAGCUCUCUAAAGCCGGUGUACAAUUUGUACCUACAAAUCAAGGUAUCUUGAGCAUAAGUUUUGACGACAAAAUGGCUACAUUUUGUCUUCCCAGCAUUAGUCUAGACGUGAACACAGAUGCGGUCCUGAGAAACUUGGUUGCAUACGAAGCUUGUAAUGCAUCAGGGCCAGUGGUUUUUACCCGUUACACAGAACUAAUGAAUGGGGUUGUCGAUACCGAAGAGGAUGCAAAGUUUCUGAGAGAAAAAGGGAUUAUCCUGAAUCGUUUGAAGAGUGAUGAAGAAGUGGCAAACAUGUGGAACGGGAUGAGCAAGUCUGUUAGAUUGACAAAAGUUCCAUUCUUGGAUAAAGUGAUUGAAGAUGUUAACAAGUAUUACAACGGCAGGUGGAAAAUUAAGAUUGGUAAAUUCUUAAAGCAUUAUGUAUUUGAUUCGUGGCAAUUUCUCACAUUAAUUGCUGCUAUUGUGCUCUUGUUCUUGAUGACAUUACAAGCAUUUUGCUCGGUCUAUAGCCGUGCUCGUAUAUUCCAUAUCAAACAAACUCAGUGA